CGCGCCCCGCCCGCGCUCGGCGGUGCGGGAUGGGGCGAUGGCGCGGGCGGGCGCGGGGCCGCCGCGGGAGCUGUCCCUGGAGGAGGUGCUGAAGUGCUACGAGCAGCCGCUGAACGAGGAGCAGGCCUGGGCGCUCUGCUUCCAGGGCUGCCGCGCCGCCGCCGCCGCCCCCGUGGCCCCCGCGCCGCUCCGCACCGCCGACAUCCGCCUCCGCGCCGACGGCUCCCUCCGCCUGCCCGCCCCGCCGCACGACCUGCCCGCGCUGCUGACGCCCUCUGCCGAAGCCCAGAUGGUGCAGUCGCUGGGCUUUGCCGUGUACCGGGCGCUGGACUGGGGGCUGGACGAGAACGAGGAGCGGGAGCUGAGCCCGCGCCUGGAGCAGCUCAUCGACCUGAUGACCAACAGCGACUCCGAGGACAGCGGCUGCGCCACGGCCGACGAGGGCUAUGGGGGGCAGGAUGAGGAGGAGGAGGGCGGCGAGGGGCAGCCCCGCUCCGUGCGCACCUUCGGCCAGGCCAUGCGCUGCUGCGCCGCCCGCCUGGCCGACCCCGCCGGCGCCCCCGCGCACUACCAGGCUGUGUGCCGCGCCCUCUUCGCCGAGACCGUGGAGCUCAUGGCCUUCCUCGCCAAGAUCCGCGACGCCAAGGAGCUACUGCAGAAGCUGAAGGAGGAUGAGGAAGAGGAGGAGCGGCCGGCGGCGGAGCUGGGCAACCUGCGCAACACAGACUGGGCCCGGCUGUGGGUGCAGCUGAUGCGGGAGCUGCGGCAUGGUGUGAAGCUGAAGAAGGUGCAGGAGAAGCAGUUCAACCCUCUGCCCACCGAGUACCAGCUCACACCCUUCGAGAUGCUCAUGCAGGACAUCCGUGCCCGCAACUACAAACUGCGCAAGGUCAUGGUGGAUGGAGACAUCCCCCCCCGGGUGAAGAAAGAUGCCCACGAGCUCAUACUGGACUUCAUCCGCUCCCGGCCCCCCCUGAAGCAGGCAUCAGAGCGGCGGCUGCGGCCACUGCCCCAGAAGCAGAGGACGCUCCACGAGAAGAUCCUGGAGGAGAUCAGGCAGGAGCGGAAGCUCCGGCCCGUGGAGCAGAAAGGAUACAGCUCCUUGCCCUGCAUCCCCCACGCCUGCGCCGGCCGCCUGAGCUCCAGCUCCUGCCUCGAGCUGUCCCGGUGCCCGGCCAGCGCCGUGCCCGCGCGCCCACGGCCACGCGUCCUGCUCAAGGCGCCCACCCUGGCCGAGAUGGAGGAGAUGAACCUCUCCGAGGACGAGGACUCUCCGGCCACGGAGGUGCCGCUGAAGCGGGAUCGCUCCUUCUCAGAGCAGGACCUGGCACAGCUGCAGAGCCAGCUGGGGGGUGACCAGGCUGUGCCCCGGGACCCAGAGCCACUGCAGCCCGAGCCCCGGCCCCGCUCAGGCUCUGUCCCUGCCAGCUGCCACCCGCUGCCAGAUGGCCCAGCACUGCCCCGGGCUGCCCUUGGCGCCGUGGAGGAGAGGCCCGAGGAUGGAUCCAGCGCUGCCCCUGCCAGCAGCUCCAAGCACCUCUGGCUGGAGUUCAGCCACCCUGUGGAGAGCCUGGCCCUGACUGUGGAGGAGAUGAUCAACGUGCGCAGGGUGCUGGUCAAGGCGGAGAUGGAGAAGUUCCUGCAGAGCAAGGAACUGUACAGCAGCCUGCGCAGGGGCAAGGUCUGCUGCUGCUGCAGGGCCAAGUUUCCUCUUUUCUCCUGGCCCACGUCGUGUUUCUUCUGCAAGCGGUCUGUCUGUAGCUCCUGCAGUCUGAAGAUGAAGAUGCCUUCCAAGAAGCUGGCUCACAUCCCCGUCUACGCGCUGGGCUUCGAGAGCCUGCCAGGCUCGCUGCUGCCCAAAGCCCCGCCGCUGCGCCGGAGGGAGCCCUUCCACUCGCUCUCGGGGCCGUGCUGGCGCCGGGUGGAGGAGGAAUUCCCCCACAUCUACGCCCAGGGCUCGGUGCUGCGCGACGUGUGCUCCGACUGCGCGGGCUUCGUGACGGACGUGGUGAGCUCCAGCCGGCGCAGCGUGGCCGUGCUCCACGCCAGCGCCGCGGCCCGGCGCCGCGCCAAGGCGCGCUCCCUCUACAGCGACGCGUGGCUCCCGUGACGGGGCCGCCGCUCAGCCCGCCGCAGCGCCCCGAUGUACAUAUAUACAUAGGAUGGAUACCACAGCUUCUAUAUUUAUAUACCUUAUGGACCGAGGGGCGAAAGGAGCCCUGCGCGCUGUCCCCGCCACCGAGGGGAUGGGUCCUGCUGCGGGACGCCCGCAGCCCCCGGGAGGGCGAGUCCCGCUGCGGGGCGGCUCUCGGGGGAUGGAUCCUGCUGCGGGACACCCGCGUUCGCCCCCCGGCCCCGCUUCUGUGCCAAGCCCUGGCCGUGCCGGGGUGCGCGGUGCCCUGGGCUGGCAUGGCUGCUCUGUAUGUCCCCUCCACAAUAAACCCGCUGGGCUGCCCUGGG